AUGGGCGCAGGCGCAUUCCUGGAGCCUCUGGCUGUUGUCGUCCUCCUCUUCGGUGGUGCGUGGAUCAACCGUGCCCCAGAUUCCUUUUCAUCGUCGCGGAGCCCCCUCACUUUCUCGUUCGAAGAGGAUGACACCGACGUCCCUGACCUCCCGCUCGCUCGCGCGGUCGACGGCGAUGCAGACGCCGACGUCGAAAAUCUACACAUCUCUCGGUCGAAGCGAUCUCUAAGCCCAUCUCUAUUGCCAAGUCAAGAGGACAAAUGGCGGGAGCGGGAGCUGAAGAUAUCUGGGUUGGGCUACCGGAGGGUGAUUCAGACACCAAAUACAGCAGUGUUCAGGCAUAGACUGCUGAGCAGAAUAUUGCACAAAUUUCCGUUCUUGGUGGAGGCAUGGUAUUGGGCUCUGAUAUAUUGGGUCUACCAACUCGGUCGCGCAUUUACUGCCCUUACGUUGGUCGAAGGUACCGUCCACGUUGCGCGCCGACACGCGCUGCAAGUGAUCGAACUCGAACAGCGACUGCACAUCUUCUGGGAAAUCCCCGUCCAGAACUUCUUCAUGUCGUUUCCACGCUUGAUGAUGUGCAUCAACUGGCUAUACAGCUUCAUCCACAUCCCGGGCACCAUCGCGUUCUUGGUGUGGCUGUACUACUAUACAAUCACGCGGAAUCGGCUGAUUCAACGCCGUGCAGCUUCACAGUCAGGUGAACAAGGGAGCGACAUUGGACCGGCAGGAUCGCCUUCAGGACCAUGGCUCUACGAGGCCCGUAGACGAACCAUGGCGGUCUGCAACCUGCUUGCAUUCGUCGUUUUUACGCUCUGGCCAUGUAUGCCGCCUCGAUUGCUGAGUGAUCCGGAAUACGAUGGACCCCAGGCCGAAAUCGCGAAGAGCUUCGGGUUUGUCGAUACUGUGCAUGGCAAAGAAGGCGCAAGCUCGGUGUGGACGCAGAACCGGUUCUGUAAUCAAUAUGCGGCAAUGCCCUCUCUGCACUUUGGCUACUCCCUCCUGAUCGGCGUCACUAUUAUGACGAUCCCACUUGCUCCCCAGCACUCGCAGCCAGGGAAGAUGGUGCAUCUUCCCUUCUUCAAUAACUCCCACCCCCACCUCGCUCCUCAUAUCCGGCUGCCCAGCACGCGGCGCACGCUCUGCCUUGCCCUCGGCUUCCUGUAUCCCUUCUCCAUCCUGACGGCCAUUGUGGCGACAGCGAACCACUUCAUCCUCGACGCAGUUGCUGGCUCAAUCGUAUGCUUUCUGGGCUGGAAAUUCAACGAUGUACUCCUCAACCUGCUCGUGAUUGAGGAUUGGUUCCUCUGGUGCCUGAGAAUCCACAAGCCUGUACAGGUGCCGCUGGAGACCGAAAGACUAGCCAAGGCAUCGGGGUUGGGGCUCAAAGAGAAGGAAGGCUGGGAGCCGGAGAAGACCCCUGCGGUAGUGAAUGCUGCCUGA